GGAUAAACCCGGUCUAGUUGUUUUCCCUAGCCAGUAUGUACCGUUUGAAACUCGGACUGUUGCUGGUUGGAUACUGCAUAACUUAUUGCAGGGCUGUCAAAUCGACCUGGCAGAUACCGGAGGAGUACAAGGAACCGGCUAAGAUGUUGCACAAUAUGUGCCUGAAGGAAUCGGGUGCCUCCGAAGAGUUGAUUCGAACUUGCAUGGACGGAACAAUACACGAGGACCGGGGAGUUCAGUGCUACAUUCAUUGUCUAUUCGACAAGCUGAUGGUAAUCAAUGAGGAUACCGGCCAUAUACAUCUGGACCGAUUGGCAAAAAUUGCACCGAACACCGAUAUGAAGGAAGCGUUCGAAUUUCUGCACAAAGAGUGUGGCCAUAUCUUGACGGAGGACCACUGUUUGACGGCGUUUCAGGCAGCUAAAUGUUACUUUGAUUCCCAUGACGAAGUAGUUAAAUUCUGCCAUCUUCUGGUGGCGGAUUUGGGAAUUUAAGGACGCAUUUCAAAAUGGUACACGAUUACGGCCUGCCAAGCUGCCAGAACUGACGAUGACCUAGGCGAUGUUUCGGCUGACUUUGGGAGACUG